AAAAGUCGUUAAAGAGCCUGUGGGGCUGUGGGGAUUGCACCGUCUGGAGGAAUUUCAUACACCCACUCAAUCCUGGCAAAGAUGAAAUUGCCAAGUAGGAGACAAGGAGCAAAGUCCCAUCACAGCGGGAGGGGACGCCAGUGCCUGCUGAGGCUGAGCAGGGUAAAGGCCAAUGCCCCAGCGGCAGCACCGCUCAGAGCUGGUCGGCCAUGGACGUCCUGGUCCCACUCCUGCAGCUGCUGGUGCUGCUUCUCACCCUGCCCCUGCACCUCAUGGCUCUGCUGGGCUGCUGGCAGCCCCUGUGCAAAACUUACUUCCCCUACCUGAUGGCCGUGUUGACCCGCAAGAGCAACCGCAAGAUGGAGAGCAAGAAACGGGAGCUCUUCAGCCAGAUCAAGGGGCUCAUGGGGGCCUCUGGGAAAGUGGCCCUGCUGGAGCUGGGCUGUGGCACCGGUGCCAACUUUCAGUUCUACCCAGCAGGCUGCAGGGUCACCUGCCUGGACCCAAAUCCCCACUUUGAGAAGUUCCUGACAAAGAGCAUGGCUGAGAACAGGCACCUCCAAUACGAGCGGUUCGUGGUAGCUCCUGGAGAGGAUAUGAGGCAGCUGGCUGAUGGCUCCAUGGAUGUGGUGGUCUGCACCCUGGUGCUGUGCUCUGUGCAGAGCCCAAGGAAGGUCCUGCAGGAGGUCCAGAGAGUACUGAGGCCGGGAGGUGUGCUCUUUUUCUGGGAGCACGUGGCGGAACCACAAGGAAGCUGGGCCCUCAUGUGGCAGCAAGUUGUGGAGCCCACGUGGAAACACAUUGGGGAUGGCUGCUGCCUCACCAGAGAGACCUGGAAGGAUCUUGAAAAGGCUGGGUUCUCCGAAGUCCAAAUGGAACGACAGCCCCCUCUCUUCAAGUGGCUACCUGUUGGGCCCCACAUCAUGGGAAAGGCUGUAAAAUAACCAUUCCCAAGCCCCAAGGCACUCAUUUGCUUCCUCCCCAGCCUCCAGUUAGAACAAGCCACCCACCAACCUAUCUUCCACUGAGAGGGACCUAGGAGAGUGAGAGAAGCCAUUCCCGUAUCACCUCCUAGUCCCUCUCUCCCCAGCCUCUGCCAGGGCAAUCUCUAGCUUCAAUGCCUCCUUCGACAGUGAAAAAGCUGUACUUCUACCCUGACUACAGGGAGGAAACGCUUGGAUCCUUAACUGCAAGUUUCUGGACUGGUCUCCCGACGUUUGCCUACCUGUCCUCUAGGACAGCUCCCUGUCCCUUUCCUUUGUUCCCGUGGUAACGCUCCCCUUGCUUUCCUCCUGAGGCUACAGGAACUGGUCACAAAAGUCAUGGUGCACACAUCCCUGCCAAGCCCCCCGACCCUCUCUCCCCACCACCAACUUCAUCCCGAGCUGAGGGCACCAAGGAGAAUCAGAGACGCUGAGGCUGAGGGAGAAAGAGUCUAAGGAGGCAGAGGUUUUGUUCUCAAAUAUUUUUUAAUAAAUAGAUGAAA